UUGAAACAAACAUUCAAAAAUAAAUAGCAACACAAUAACACAUAAAAGUUGACAGUUUCAAUACUGUAUAAAGUAAUAUUGCAUUGCGUUUUGCUAUCAAUAACAGACAGUUUACCUACUGCUAGUGAUAAUUUAAUUUUAUAAAAAAUUAUCUAUAGUGCAAAGCAUAGUACGAGCUGGGGCGCGGAAAAAUUUUAAAGAAAAAAUCAAAACAUCAUCGAAGGACAAACAACAAUAAUGGAUGAACUAAGAUUAGCUCAGUUUAAUUUUCUAUUUUCUACUAAACAGAGACUUGAACUUUUGAAGAAAGUCAAUGUUCAUUACUCUCUCCAAGCACAUCCUCAUCAAUCUGCUCUAACUAAAUUAUAUUUCGGGAAGACCUAUUUACAUGUAGCUGUUCAAAAGUCAUGUUAUGAAAGUGUAUACGCAUUAUUGAAUCGAAACGUUGAUUUAUGUAAACAGUCAGCGAAUUUCGCUCCUGAGGAGUCCUCAUCACCUCUUCAUUUAGCUCUGCGAUAUCUCAAUUUAAAACCAGUAAAUAUUUGGAAAAAGAUGGGUAGGUUGAAACAUUUAAUGGCAGAUAUAUUACUGUCUGCACAAGUUGAGAUUGACAAUAUUACCAAUCCCAAAAAUGAACAUGGAAUUAGUCAUUUUCAUAUAGCCUGCAUUGUUAAUCACACUGAAGCUAUUAAAUUUUUUUUGAAUAUUGGAGAACCUAUUGAUCAAGCAUUUAACAGUAAUUGGAAGUUUACUGAAUACACAGCCUUACAUUGUGGUAUCAGAUAUUCUUCUGUUGACGCUGUUAAGUUACUUGUAGAUCGUGGUGCAGAUAUAAAUAUAAAAAAUGCCCAUGGUAAAAGUUCUUUACAUCUACUUUUAGAGCGUCUUAUGAACUUAGCUGAUUAUAUAUAUUUGGGAAAAUCAGGAUGCUGUUCAGUAGUCAAAGCAGAAAUAGAAAGUCUGGAAAUGAUUUUGUCGCAUAUUUUAAAAAAUAAAAAUGCUGAAGAAACGAAUUUUGUUGAUAAUAUAGGACUCAGUGCACUUCAUAUGGCUUGUGCACUAUCAGAUAAGUCUAUUUUGAAAAAUAUGUUGAAACAAACUAUUGAUCUUAAUGAAUCUAUCGAAUACGACCGUGAUUUUUGUCCAGGCUAUACCGCAAUGCAUUUUGCAGCUUAUUGUAAUUUUGGAGCAGUAAAGCUUUUAUUGGAGAGAGGAUGUAAAAUUUUACGAAAUGCAGAUGAAAAAACUGCAUUAGAUAUUUGUAUAGAAAGAUACUCUCCAAGAGUUAUGCAUUCAAUUUUAAUAUGUAACCCUGAAUUAGGGGAUAUUUUAUUAUCAGAUGGAUCUACUUUAUCGAAUAUCCUACUAAUUAUGGAUAAUUGCAAUAAUUUUAAUAAUUAUCUUCAAAGGUUAGUGCAUGUCAACGUUCAUAUAUCAGCUGAUUCACUACACUGGCCAAAGAAUACUAUUCUACACUUAUCAGUAAUGAUGAAUGAGAAAACCAAAGAUUUACAAACUUUUUAUAAUGAAACAUUCUAUAGUAUGAAUGUAGAUGCAACUGAACAAUCCUACAAUUGCACUAAGGAUGAAGAAAAUGCGUACUUGACAAGGAUACACCUGUGUUUAGUACGAGGUUGCAGUCUUUCAUUUAAAAAUGCACAAGGUUUCACUCCCAUUCAUCUUGCUUUCAAGCUGCACAAAAUAAACAUUGUAAACAUGCUUCUAGAUUAUUGUACAAAUGAUGUAGCUGAUUCAUAUAAUUUGACUCAUUUGCACAUCGCUUGCGCUGCAGGUCACCUGACCUUUGUUAAAAAGUGUCUAAAAAGAAAAAUCGACGCAAAUAGUGCAGUAAGGAGAAGCUUCAAAUGGUAUACUACAGCACGCUUUGACGAGGAAAAACCUAGUUUAAUUUUUGUGCAACCUCACUCUACGCUACUUCACGUGGCUGUAAUUUUCGGCCAUAUCGACAUAAUUCAAUUACUUCUGGAGAAUGGUGCUGAUGUUUACGCACAAGAUAUGCUUGGACUGACUCCAAUUCACCUCGCUCUGAGACAUUAUACAUCCAAUAAAUUUUUGGCUAAGUUACUUUUCAGCAAAACUAAGGACUUGAAAGAUGUGGUAUCUAAUCAUGGCUUGACUCAUUUGCAUGUCGCGGCCUUCGCCGACGAUUACGGGGCAGUGAAAAAACUACUAGAAUCUGGUUCAGAAAUCGAAGCAGUAUUCAAGUACGAAAUGGUUGAGGAGAAAAAGGAUUUUUACGAUACAUUGUCGCAUUUCGAUGAACAGACGCCUUUGUACAUAGCCGCUAGUUAUGAUUCUGAACAUGCAACACGAGCUUUAAUUGAAGGCGGUGCAGACGUAUUGAAGAAAAUGAAUUUCGAUUAUAAUUCGAAAAAUGCCUUCAUCCAAGCUUUGUGUUACAUGGACAGUGAUUUUUCGAAAUGCAUAAUAGCCAAGGCGAGGAACAUAUAUAAGCAGUCUAUCGAUCCGAUAAUGGAAAGUGGAGUGACCAUGUUGCAUAUAGCAUGUGCUUCUUUUGACCACGAGUGGAUAGAAGAUUUACUAGAGAGAGGAGCUGAUGUUAAUGCGCUCAUACAAGACGAGUACAAUUAUGAAACUGAUGAGUGGCAGGGAUACACACCACUGUAUCUGCUUAUUGUUCAAGGUUUCAUGGCUCAAAGAAUCCCGAAGAAUCUAAUUACCCUUAUUAAAUUAUUACUCAAAAAUGGGGCUGACGUAACGCUUAGGGGUAGUACAUUAACUUGUACUCCUUUACAUUGGGUGUUCAUAGAAGCAAACAAAAGAACUUAUUCAAGGCAAACGUUACUCUCAAUAGUGGAUUUAUUCUUGUACUGUCAAAUAUUGUACAAUGUAAAUCCAACGCAUUUACAUUCAGGGCUAUCGCAUUUUCAUAUUGCUUGUAUUAGGAAUAACGUUGAAAUCGUGACAAAAUUCUUAGAGAAAGGUAUCGAUGUCGAUCACCACAUAGACUACUUCCAUGGCAAAGAACUCAGUGGCUUUACCGGUCUUCACUUUGCUUUAGACAAUCGUCAUACAAAUUUAGCUAGAUUUUUGAUUGCAAGAGGAGCAAAUGUUAGACAUGAAACUAUUGAAGGAAAUACGCCACUACACACUGGUCUAAUACAUAAUUGUAUUGAUCUAGAAAUACUUAUAAUGUUACACAGAUAUGGAGCUGACCUUUCUGCAAAAAAUUUGCAAGGCGCGACACCACUAGUUCUUCUUUUUGAGUUAAAAGGCUAUAGGCUCGAUCAAUUUGAUUUCUUCUUAAAGCAAAACAGUAAAUUCGAUGUAACGUGUUAUCGGGCAUUCGAGGGAAUACUUGGAUUGGCUGUGAAAAACGCAAUACCAAACGAACGUGAAAUGAUUUUAAAAAUGUUAACUGAACAUGAUGAUCUGAAGAUUGCAAUUAGUGAGGGAUUCAAUGCUAUUCAUAGCAUUAUAUCAAUCAAACAAGAUGAAUGUUUAACAGUAGAUUUUUAUGUUGACGCAAUCGAGCAAUUGAUAAAACUAGGCUGCAAACUCCAACAACUAGAUAAGCAUGGGAAAUCUUUAAUUCAUAACGCUGUUUCUUUCAACAAUGUACAAGCAGUUGAGGCUUUACUAAAACUCGGUGCCGAUAUCAAUGUGCUCGAUUUCAAAAAUGAAUCUCCACUAUCUAUGUCUUUAUUAGCAAUGUCAAGGAAUCAUUUUCUACCAAAGCAAAUACCUCAAAUUAUUGAACUACUUCGAAUUCAAGCAUGUAAGAUGAAGAUUUUUGGACUUUUGAGAAGCUCCGUUGAAGAUGAUAUGUUUAAAUUAAUACAAAAUAGAUGUUUUAUGAAUGACAGUAUUCUGUUAAAAUGUGAAGAAGAAGUGAACAAAAUGUGCAACACAGAAAUAUGUAGUGGUUUAACUGUGAAAACUUUUAUGAAUGAUAGUCUUUCUAUUUAUCGAUCCUUGACAGAGUGGGAGCAGAACGAUGUUCAUAAUUUUUUUCAAAAUAGCAAAUUUAUAAUGAAAGAAUUUCCGGAAUUAUGUGGCGUCAUGCUGCUGCAGUAUAGAAACGCUGUUUUACAGCGAGUGACGAAUCCAGUUGAAUAAAAAAGUGUUAGUAAAUGUAAAUGUAAAUCAUGCUUUUUAAUUGAAUAAUUUAUUAAUUUAAUUAAUCCGUCAAAUUAAUGUAAGAGGUAUGAGAUUGAGUGGUUACAGGUAUACAAAGAAAAAAAUAUUUUUAUAAGAUUGUAUUUCUAGUAUAAAAAAUGUCAAAAUGUGUCAUAUGUAAGUUCUAUUAUUUAUAUAUAAAAUAAAAAUAAAGGAAUAAUAAA